AUGAUCAAUGCUACCGAAAUUGAAAUCCGAGAGGAUAUUCACGCAGAUGACCUCACAGUGAUGGCAAUGUUCAUUAGAAAUUCUCAUCAAAUGCCAAGUAGUAUUGGUGUUCUGGUGCAAGCUGUUUUAUUUAUUAUCAGCUUCAUUUUCACACUAAUUGGUGUUUCAACUGCAAUGCGAUUCACAAUAUUCCACAGAAAUCAAAGGAAUAUAUUCAUUUCUUUGCUACUUCUUUGGUUUGAACUAUUGGUUUGUCGUGUUCUGUUAUGGGCAUUCAAGUAUAAUUUGGCUAUCGAAAUUCGAGAAUCUAUCAAAUGUAAUGACGAAUGUCAUCAUUUCGGGCGGUGCAGUGUUGCUAAAAAUAUGUUUGAUUCGAUUUUCAUAGCUGCAAAUAUGAGAUAUCAUUACAUGUAUUUUGUGAUAACAACACCCGUCGGAAUAUUAACUGAAAGGAUUUUUGCAACUAUUUUGGUCAAAGACUAUGAGAAAAAGAGUCGUCAUUGGAUAUUCGGACUAAUUUUCGUGGCUCAAAACAUAUUCUCGUGCACAAUGGCCGUGGUCACAACAACUUCAGGACUUACAUUUCAAGUUCUUAUCUCUGGAGUCAUCUUUUCUUUAUUCUGUUCUGCUGUGAUUUAUGCAUUGGUUGAGUAUUUUAAUCAGCAACGGCUGAUGACAUUGGAACGAGAUCAUCGGACUACGAACUACACAUUGAGUAUCAGAUAUCAAUUGAAAGAGAAUCUCAAAACAUUGAAGGUAAUGCGUCGAUUUUUCAUUUCAAUCAUUUUAAUUAUAAUAGCAAUGGGGCUUGGUAAUUCACUUCCAGUCAUUUUAAAUUUAAAUGAAGAUAUCAUUCUGACUGUCCGUGUUUAUAUGGAUUAUGUUUUUCAUUCAAAUCCCGUAUUUCUAGUGCCAACUGCAAUUUUCACAAUUGAAAACUAUCGAAAAUACACGUUCAAUAAGGCUAGAACCACUUUUGGAAUGAGAAUCGACAGUCGUAAGGUUGAUAUUCGAAAGCUUCGCCCUCAAAUGGACCGGGAGAGUGACAUGUAUUUUGAGAUUUUCGAGAGGCAACUGGAAGGAGAUGGUGCUUGUCGAGGAAAGAUGCGCACUGGAUCUUUGAGAAAACCGAAAAUUAAUGCCAAAUAUUAAUCUCUGAAGAGCUGCUUAAUAUAUCUGAAAUGUACACAAUGAAUGUUAAUAAUUUUUGA